AUUAAAACUGGCGGGCUAUGGAAUUUAAUUUCUCAUAAUCAAAACAAGUGUUACCUAACCUUACUUGUCACUUUCAAAUAAAUAUCCCGUCUUUUUGUUCCACUGUUUGUUUUAAAAUUAGAGCGUGCGAAAAAUUCUAUCCGAAACAUGACACAGCGACUGAAAAAUUGUCCGAACUCGAUAAAUUUAGAAACGAUAGCUUGCGAAAGGUACAUGGCAAGACUCUUCAACAAGGAGAAGGUUAUCUCUCCUGGGAACAAGUGCCGCGAAAAGACAUCGAAAUCCCUGCAGCCCAAUCAAAACCAACUAGCCAGGCACAAAAUCGCGACGAAGCAACAGAAUUUCCAUUCUCCCAAAGUCCCACAGAGCCCACAGGAAAACGCUGUUGAAGCCCCUUCAGAUAAGGCUCCUGUAAAUACAGACGACCACAGACAGAGGUCAAGAUCGACAACGGUGGAUAGAGAACCUUGGGGGCAACUUUUGAAGCAACAGAGGAGUGGAGAUAAAGCUUCUGUAUUUGGGAAUUUUGAUCCACUUCGUACUCUGCAUUUUCUUGCAAAGGAAUUGCAGUUUCAACUGCAGGCUGUUAUACCAGAAGACAAUACUGUGCAUCAGAUGGUGGCAGACAUGCAGUAUGCUUUGAAGAGAGUGCCUCCUGAGGUAGCAUCUUCAGUACAUUUGCAACAAGCUUUGGAAUUGUUGCCAAAAAGGAGCAGCUCUAGAUCUUUGAGUUCAGAAAAACCAGAAAAACUUGGGGUUUGUACCAAUGACAGAACAACACAAACUCCACCAAGUCCUACAGAAGGAGAUAAUGAUAGACUGCAAAAACUCAUGGAAGAAAAUACAAUGAAACUGGAAACUAAUUGCAGGCAGAUGGAAAAAUUGUGUUUGGAGCUGAAGGAUAAGGAAGAUAAUUUGAGUAAACAAUUACUUGCACAGAAGAACCAAGUUGUAUAUUUAGAAAAGAAAAUUGCCGAUUUAGAAUUGGAAAAUAAUGAAAUUUUGCAUCCUAGGAUCAAAAUCCUAGAAGAAGAAAAACGUAAACUCGACUCAGAUCUCCGCCAUCUUUCCACUGAACAAGAAAAUCGGCAAAAGCAAGCCGUGGACGAUCUUAAAUCCCGACUUUCCACCCUUAAAACUGAAAAAUCCAACUUUGAAACUGAAUGCACCAAGUUGAAGCAUCAGCUGAAACUUUCUGCUUUGGAAAAAGAAAAAUACGUCGCGGUACUAGCGCUGAGAGAUCGGCAAAUCAACGAGAUCAGGAAUGAAAUGACUCAUCUGCAAGAGGUUGUCAAUGAACAACUGUUAGAAUUGCAGAAUAACAUGUUUCAGGGGAUGCCGAUGAAUAAUGAACAUGAAAAUGCAGGUAAUGAUCAAAAUGACGUGAAUUUCGAUAUUAACAGAGAAAACAUAGGAGAUGGUACCUUAUCCACUAUUUAUAGUAGUGAUGGUCAGGCCCAGCAAAUUUUUGUUGGAAAACAAGACCACUCUUUCAGAGACCUGCCUUCAGGAGAUAUCAGCUCCUCCAUCAUUCAAAGUAACAUGCCUGAAGAACAUACAACAACAAAAAACAAGAAAUCUUCCCAACAAUCCCAUGAGAUUCUUCUGGAAAAAAUUGAUUCUCAAGCUAGUAUCAGGAAUAUGUUCAAUCAAGUGAAGAAAACAGCUUAUGCUAUUUCUAGCAGUACACCAAAAGGUCAAAAUUUAUACAAUUUAGGAGACCAAUAAACAAUUUCAAGAGGUUUAAUAAAAUACUCAUACAGCUACUGUGAUGUCAGAUUCUUCUGUUUUGUUGUAAAUUUCUGUGAAAUUGAUUUGUAUAUUUGAAUUGUAUGAUCAGAUUGGUCAGUAUAAUUGUGAAUAAAUUGACAUUUUUUUCGAUA